AUGGCGAAACAUCUGGCGACCCAGUUGCUGCAACAAUGGAACGAGGCGCUGAAAACCAUGCCUCCCGGAUUCAGGACGGCGGGGAAAAUCCUGGUGUGGGAGGAGCUUGCUUCCAACAAAGUGCUCAUCACUAUCGCACUUGCUUGGGUCCUUCUCUUCGUUGCGCGAACAUGUUUACGAAACAAAAAGAGACUGCCUCCAGCUAUUCCUGGCGGGUUGCCAGUGUUGGGAAACCUGUUGCAACUGACAGAGAAGAAACCACACCGCACUUUCACUGCAUGGUCUAAGGAACAUGGACCCAUCUUCACCAUCAAAGUCGGGUCAGUCCCUCAGGCUGUUGUAAACAAUUCCGAGAUUGCCAAGGAGGUGCUGGUCACCAAGUUUGCUUCGAUAUCGAAGCGACAAAUGCCCAUGGCAUUGCGAGUCUUGACUAGGGACAAGACCAUGGUCGCAAUGUCUGAUUAUGGAGAGGAGCAUCGCAUGCUGAAGAAACUGGUGAUGACCAACCUCCUCGGCCCAACCACUCAGAACAAAAACCGAUCGUUGCGCGACGAUGCACUCAUCGGCAUGAUCGAAGGAGUGCUCGCCGAGUUGAAAGCCUCCCCGACCUCCCCCAAAGUCGUGAAUGUUCGAGACUACGUGCAGCGAUCGCUGUUCCCCUUCGCCUUGCAGCAGGUGUUCGGGUACAUACCCGACCAGGUGGAGGUGCUGGAAUUGGGAACUUGCGUGUCGACGUGGGAUAUGUUUGAUGCUCUAGUCGUCGCCCCACUGAGUGCAGUCAUCAACGUGGACUGGCGUGACUUCUUCCCCGCACUCAGGUGGAUUCCAAACCGGAGCGUCGAGGAUUUAGUACGAACCGUGGACUUCAAGCGCAACAGUAUCAUGAAGGCCCUCAUCCGAGCGCAAAGGAUGCGCCUCGCAAACCUCAAGGAGCCCCCAAGAUGCUAUGCCGACAUCGCAUUGACGGAGGCAACUCACCUGACCGAGAAACAGCUAGAGAUGAGCCUGUGGGAGCCCAUCAUUGAAUCGGCGGACACCACGUUGGUCACCUCGGAGUGGGCAAUGUACGAGAUUGCCAAAAACCCUGAUUGCCAAGAUCGCUUGUACCGCGAGAUUGUGAGCGUCGCAGGGACAGAACGCAUGGUAACAGAGGACGACUUGCCGAACAUGCCGUAUCUGGGUGCCAUCAUCAAGGAGACGUUGCGGAAAUACACGCCGGUGCCGCUGAUCCCGUCUCGCUUUGUUGAAGAGGAUAUCACCCUCGGCGGCUACGACAUCCCCAAGGGAUAUCAAAUCCUCGUCAAUUUGUUCGCAAUAGCCAACGAUCCCGCCGUUUGGAGCAACCCCGAAAAAUGGGACCCCGAGCGGAUGCUGGCGAACAAGAAAGUAGACAUGGGAUUCAGGGAUUUCAGCCUCAUGCCAUUCGGAGCUGGAAAGAGGAUGUGCGCUGGCAUCACACAGGCAAUGUUCAUCAUCCCCAUGAAUGUGGCAGCACUGGUACAACAUUGCGAGUGGCGAUUGUCUCCUCAGGAGAUCAGCAACAUCAACAACAAGAUCGAGGAUGUGGUUUACUUGACGACGCACAAGCUGUCUCCUCUGUCGUGUGAGGCUACGCCUAGAAUCAGCCACAGAUUACCCUGAACCUCAGAGAGUCCAACCACGUGUAUCAAGCGGAUAUUAGCUCAUAGACAGAUGAGCCUCGGGGCAUGCCGGGCCCAAUUGCUGAAGCCCUGUUCGGAGAGGACCACCGGAAGGCCAGCUCAGCUUCACUGCGCCUUUGUGAAUUUGGUGUUUUACAGAUGGCAGCACUACCUUUCUUCUUCUGCUGCUUCUUCGCCCUCCCCCUCCAAUGAAUCGCAUGUCCUGAUUCGUGCAUGAUGGUUUGUGCCUGGCGGGGUAAACAUUCACCGACCUGAAUGGCGAACGUUCAAUUCGUAAUGAGAAGAUCCGUAAGUGAGUGGAUCGAUGUCAUUACCGAGCUGGAAAUGUAAGCCGAGGGUAAAUGCAUCAGCAAGUGUGCAGAACGGAAGUUUGCUUUUGCACAAGUAGGUUUGUCGUGGUUACGAUUCGUUGUCGAAGCAGGUUGAGACUAAUCCCGAUGUCGGAUAAGUGAUUAGACCGACGAAUGUAAGCUGAUAUGAAUAAAUAGUGAACAUGUUGCAAGCCAGUUCCGCCAGGUGUGUAUGCGGAGGUGCGCAGUGUAAACCCAUCUUUUUAAAUCGAGAAAUACUUACAACAAGUGCUGAUACGUAGACAAGAAGAAUCUCGUCUUCUUCACUCUA